ACAUCCAAAUAGUAGACUUCAAGAGUCCAAAUAGCAUACCCAAACAAUUGUCAAGCAUGAGCUAGGCAGCGAAUGGCGAGAACGGUAGAGGUGUUUGGCGUAGAUGAGGCAGGGAGGGGUGUGGCCGUGGGUUUGUUAGGCGUGGCCGUAGGGAACACUCAGUCGCUGCUUUCACCCGUGUUCUUGAUGAGGCCAGUGUUGUUCUUCUCUUCAGAGACAAAGUCUAUCUUCAUCCCGAUAAGACCCAUUUAUGUUUGCAGAGUGCUGGUGGACCGAGCACUAGAAGUGAUAUUGGGCUGAUUGCGAGGUUCUGCUGUGGGCCCUUUCUUGGUCCAUAUUUCCUCACACGACCCAUUAUGCUGUGGGCCCUUUUUAGGUGGAUUUCAGUUUGUAGUUAGUGGAUUAUUAAUCAUCUUGUGUGGUAAAGAUGAUGCUUGUGCAAGUUUUCUUUAACAUAUUCAAGAUCUUUAUGAGGUUGAUGUUGCCACAUCAACUCUCUGCUUCAUUUGCUACUAUGAUGAUGGUUUUAUUUGCAUCUGAUUCUGUCUGUUUCUUUUACCAGUAUGUGAAUGUUUUAGUUGCAGCUGCGAAUCCAUGACAAAUGGCGGAAUAUGGGUAUUAGUACUGCUGCACACAGUUCUAAAGAAAAAAUACGAAUUCCUAGAGUAAAAGCUAUUACCGCUGGCCCACUCACCAAUGGUCAAAAUUCUGCUUCUGCUUCACUUAUUGAUGAUGACAAGGAUGGGAAAACUGCUCCACGAUGGAUGCAUCUUGAUCCCUGUGAAGGAAUAUACGACAAUCCUUUGCUAUAUGAGAAAGGGUGGAAAAAGAAUUUGAAUUAUGUAAUUGCUUUUGCAAAAGAUGGAGUGUAUGACGUCACUAAACGUUACAGCGGAAAGUGGCAUGAGGUUCUGUCUCGGAGAAACAUUACUACGGAGCCCAUCCUGUCUAUUAUUCUCUCGAACAUAAGAAGAGAAUGCCGACAGAAUUUUGCAUCUCAAGUGAUUUCUGCCCUAGAGGAUCAAGACAGGAAUGAAGCUGAAGCACUUGAGAGAGAGUUGCACUCUAAAGAUGAUGCUUCAAUCUCGUUACCUGGAAGACAAAGUGGUGACAAGGAAUGGCGCAUGUCAAGAUCAGAAUUUGGUUCUGACGAGAUUUGCUUUCCAAGUUCUUCUUGUUGUCCAGCCCGUAAAUGCAUUGAUGAGCAUGUGACAAAGAUCUACAACGCAUUUUGUCCAAUCAUUUCUCAGUUUGUCGAGAAAUCUUGUUCUAAAUCUAGAGCUGUUGAAGUCCUACUGUUUUUUAAACAAAUGUUAAUCAAUCUCAAGAAUUCCCCUUUUAGAACAAAGAGAACUUCUAUAAACCCUGUUUCAAAUGGUGCACAGCAUCUUUUCCUUCAGAUGCUGCCUUCUUUUGAUCAAUUGUUUGAUGCCCUUUCCCUGAAGAGUGAGCUAGAUGCCAGUGGAAGGGUUGACAUUUAUUUGGCUGCUGAUCCUGUUAGAACCUCCAUAGCAUUGCCUGUUUUGUUCCAUGCUCUGGAUGAUGUGAUCCAUAAUGUCAAUAUGUGCAACAACUUCAAUAAAAAUUCUCUCUUAGCCACUUCAAAAAAUUAAACAGAAUAUACUCCGGUUUGGUCCUUGCUAGUGGGGAGGAGCUUCCUUUUGGAAUUGUCACAUCUGCAUUUGACGGAACUCGAAUGUCAAAGUGGGAAGAACCAAAUGGUGCCAGAGGUGAAGGUUGUUUGAGUCACCAAGAGGGUACAUGAAGCAUAUUUUGCUCAGUUAUACCUCACAAAGGCAUAU